AUGAACAGGAUCAAAAGCGAGAUACAUAAGUUGUUCAAAAAGAACUACUGCGUUGAGUGUGAUGGUGACUCUUCUGGAUCGGCUUUUAUUGUGACUAUUAAGGGGCCAGAAGGAACACCUUUUGCCGGUGGAUUAUUUCGAGUUCGCGUUUACUUACCACAGGAGUUUCCGUUUAAGUCACCAUCAAUUGGGUUCAUAACUAGGGUGUUUCAUCCGAACAUUGAUGAAACAAGUGGUUCGGUUUGUUUGGAUGUUUUGAACCAAGUUUGGUCGCCUUUGUAUGAUGUGCUUAACAUUAUCGAAACGUUCUUGCCCCAGCUCCUUUCCUAUCCCAAUCCUGAGGAUCCUUUGAAUCCUGAGGCCGGUAAGUUGUACCUUAGUAGUCGUACGGCUUAUGAAGAACGAGUGCAGGAGUAUGUUCGGAAGUAUGCAGAACCGGCCAAAAGUGAGGCGGAAGGGGACAUGUACGAAGAAAUUGUCUAA